GUAAGAUUGAACAUGUCAUUGAGGAGGAAGUGUCACGUGGGCUUGAACAAGUGAAACCUGUUUUCCAACAUCUCACUUUUAUUCUUCUUGCUUGAAAACAUCAUUGACAUGUCGGCUUCUGUCAUGGACGCUCGUCUUGUGCUGCUCGCUGCUCUGCUGUCCACUCAUUCAGACUCAAGGGAAACCUCUGAUGACAGGGUGCCGAAGAUUUACGCCUCUGCUGGCGCGCCGGUUGUUCUGCCGUGUGAAAUCAAUGGCACCGUCAGAGACAACCCAACGGUGGAGUGGUCCAAGGACGGUCUGGGACAAAAAAACAUCACCUUUCUGUACCGGGAUGGCCGGGAGGACUUUGUGGAGAAGAAUGAGGACUUCCAGAACAGGACCAGUGUCUUCAUGAACAAAACGCAAAACAGAAGCGUCUCUUUGAGGAUUUCAAACGUGCGGCCCUCGGAUGCAGGGAAGCACGAAUGCAGUAUUAUCCGUGACAAGAAACGGGAAGUCAUCAAAACACUGAAGCUCAUUGUGUGUGCUGCCCCCGAGCCAAAGCUCUCAGUUGUAGAUGUAGGGACUCUGCAGUGUGAGGUGAACAGCAGGCAUUCACAUCUUAACAUGACGUUUCUUGACCAUCAAGGAAAGGAAAUUUAUGCUGAAGAGCAAGAUCCAGAUUCCAGCGGAUGUUUCCCCUUCAGAGUGAGAGUGAAAGUGCCGACUGCGACCGACAGGAUCACCUGCAGAGUUCACCAGCCUCAGACAAACCAGUUCAGAGAUGCACAGAUUUACUUCACAGCUAAAGACAAGAAGUCCUGCCCAGUUUGGCCCUACUUUGCUGGUGCGGUUGCUGGUGCUGUUUGUACUGUGGGGAUUGGAUUUGUCCUCCUCAGCGGUUUUAGGAAUAAAAUUCGUUCCUACUUUGCGAGAAGAAAAACACCUCCAGAGAGCAAUCAGCCACCAGUACAAAGCACAGAUAACCAAGAUGAAUAUUCUUCCCUGCUGUUAAACCAGACUGACAGUGAGUUAUCACGUAAAUUUGAGGAACUGGAGCUGCAGUCUCAAGAGAAAGACAGGAUCAUUAGUAAACAACGUGAAGAACUGAAACACAUUCGAUCGACGCAGAGCCCUGUCGCACACCAGCCCGACCAGCCUGCGUUUGACGUCCCAACAGUUUUGGAUUGUCCCAACAGCAACAAUCCAAAACCAGGGGCCUCUUCCAAUAACAACUAUUCAAACUCCGACAGCUUAUCCCAGGAGAAGGAUAUAGAACCUGGCGUCCGGAAGCAAACUGCUUCCCCGGACCGCCCAAGAGAAAGACGCCGCUGUAUUUCUCUUACACACUAUCAUGGCCCUGUGUCGUCCGAUCCUUCUCAAGACUCCUUUUCAGAGAAUGAGCCUUUAAGGCGUUCCAAGAGUUUGUCUGAGCGCCUUAAUGUAAAUGGUGCAAAGUUCCAAAGCUCAGCUGGGACUCAAAACCGUUACAGUGUCCUGGCAGAUUUACCUGAAGACGCCACCUGA